AUGGGAUCAAAUAUUGAAGAUGCUUUUCAAGAAAAUCCAAUUUCUUCUGUAAAAUCACAAAAUUUAAUUCAAGAUGUAUCUUCUAGUAAAACUUUUUAUGAAGAUACAGAUAGAUCUAAGAUUAUUUAUAUUGAAAAUACAAAGGAAUUUCGUAAAUGGAGUAUUAUAUAUCCUUUAUAUUUUGAUUCAAGACGAUCUAUUAAAGCGGGACGAAAAGUUCCUAUUAGUAAAGCAGUUGAAAAUCCAUUGGCAAAUACAAUGGCAAAUGGUGCAAGAGUUCUUGGUUUUUCAUGUAUUUUUGAGCCUGAUAAAACACAUCCUAAAGAUUGGGCUAAUCCUGGUCGUAUACGUAUUUUAUUUAAAGAAAAUGGUAUAUUUUCUCAUGUAUCAUUAAAGACAAAAAAGGCAUUAUACUUGGCAUUAUCAAGUUAUCUUCAGGCUAAUUUAACGACAAUCAUGUCUCCUAUGAAAGUACCUGUUCCUGGAUUUAAUAAGCCACCUUCUCCUCCAGAUAUUCCUAAAGGGAUCUUAAUGGGAGAUAUAUUACCAUUAAAUUCACCGGCAUUAAUUAGUGAUGAAUGUUUAGAGAAUUUUUCUAAAGAAAUGGCCAAAGAACAAAGGUCUAAUGUUGAUCGGUCAAAGCAGAAGAAGGAGAAAAAGAAGAAACAUUAA